AUGGCCCCAAACCGACCGCCCGACUACAGCCUGCCGUCCUAUGAUGACCGCGACGACGACGGCACUCCCACCGGGAGCUCCAGGAAUCCCGCCGCCAUUCGUCUCUUGACUCAAGUGGAAGAACCAGACAGUCGAUCAACGUAUGUAGCUUCCAGCGCUCAAGUCCAGACCCCCUCAGCUUCUGCCUCUUUUCCUUCGUCAUCGUCUUCUUCUCUUCAGCAGGACCACAAGACGCCCGAGUCGUCGCCCAGCCUCUUUCCACGCCCGCUUUCGCUGCGCAGGAAGAAGUCGGACGGGGCUGACCCGGUGAUCUCCACGCCUGAGCACAUUGCGACAUUGAGGCAGCAGGAGGAGGCGCAACCUCCCCCGGAGCCCAUUCACCCGCCGAGAGUAAGGGGCGUGAAUAUCGUCGACUUUGGUGAAGCUCAAUCCGCCCCUCUGACUCCUAAGCCGGCGCGCGCUGCUACUGUCAAGCUACAGAAGAAGCGAAAGUCCGCGCAGAUGAGGGACGCUGAGUUCCGGGACAGUCUCCCGACCAUACCAGAAGGACCUUCGCCUCGGAGGCAGGCGAUGCGCAAAUCUUCAAGUGCUCCUGUUGCUCCUUUGUCAGACGAUUCUCAUGACAGCACAAACUCCAGCGCAGGCAGAGGCUCACACGCAGAAAACAGUAUUAGGCCUGAAUCCUCCCGGCGGUCCUACGCGGCCUCCUUCAUGUCCGACCGCUCAUCCAUCCGGGACCCGCCCCGCAUGCCGCCGCCCACCGACUCGACAUACGUGCCCUUCCAGGGCCGCGACUACGCCCGCGAGUAUGAGCGCACUUACCAGCAGGAGUACGAGAACGACUACGCCUACGAGUACUCGGCCGGCCGCCAGUCCCCGACGAGAACGUACAGCCCUUCCAGGCUUUCCUCCGAGUUCACGAGACCGCCUCCUUCCGGCAUCUACGAACCCAGCGACCUCAAUGGCAGCCCACGACCCGGAACCCCGUCUUCGAGAUACGGCGGGAGCCCGAGACGUCCUCUCCCGCCCGCGCCCCUGUUCUCAACCGGUGGAAAUCGCAACUCGGCCGCCUUCGCAGACGACGCGACAGUCUCGAUCCCCCUGCACGACUCUGACGACGUUUUCGGCCCAGAGACUGACAUCAGCGAGAGCCACCCCAUGAGAGAAUCGUACCUGUCCCAGGACCAAGUCACCCUCAGCGAGGAGGAUGAGGCCGAGACCGACCUCAGCGAAAAGGUCGAGCACUACGGACCCGCCCCCGACGGACACCAGGAGCGCAGAGGCGUGCGCGCUCCGCAGAUGUCGAGGAAGGAGGUCCAGCUCAUCAACGGAGAGCUCGUCCUGGAGUGCAAGAUCCCGACGAUCCUCUACAGCUUCCUGCCGCGCCGCGACGAGGUCGAGUUCACCCACAUGCGCUACACCGCUGUCACCUGCGACCCCGACGACUUCGUCGAGCGCGGGUACAAGCUGCGCCAGUGCAUCGGCAAGACGGCCCGCGAGACGGAGCUCUUCAUCUGCGUCACCAUGUACAACGAGAACGAGUUCGACUUCACGAGGACCAUGUACGCCGUCAUGAAGAACAUUUCUCACUUUUGCUCGCGCAACCGCUCGCGCACCUGGGGCGACCAGGGGUGGCAGAAGAUUGUCGUCUGCAUCGUCUCCGACGGACGCGGAUCGAUCCAUCCGCGCACGCUCGAUGCCCUGGCUGCCAUGGGUGUCUACCAGCACGGCAUCGCCAAGAACUUCGUCAACCAGAAGGCCGUGCAGGCCCACGUGUACGAGUACACGACGCAGGUGUCGCUCGACUCGGAUCUCAAGUUCAAGGGUGCCGAGAAGGGAAUCGUGCCCUGCCAGCUGAUCUUCUGUCUGAAGGAAAAGAACCAGCGGAAGCUGAACUCGCAUCGUUGGUUCUUCAACGCUUUUGGAAAGGCGCUCAACCCGAACGUGUGCAUUUUGCUCGACGUUGGAACCAGACCUGGCGGCACGUCGCUGUACCAUCUCUGGAAGGCCUUCGACAACGACUCCAACGUUGCGGGUGCCUGUGGUGAGAUCAAGGCUAUGAAGGGGAAGUUCGGAUCGAACCUGUUAAACCCCUUGGUGGCUUCGCAAAACUUUGAGUACAAGAUGUCCAACAUCCUGGAUAAGCCUUUAGAGUCCAUCUUUGGGUACAUUACUGUGUUGCCCGGUGCGCUUAGUGCGUAUCGUUACCACGCCCUGCAGAAUGACGAGACGGGACAUGGUCCUCUCAGUCAGUACUUCAAGGGAGAGACGCUGCACGGUCAGCACGCAGACGUGUUCACGGCCAACAUGUACCUUGCUGAAGAUCGUAUCCUCUGCUGGGAGCUUGUCGCUAAACGGGGUGAGAGCUGGGUGUUGAAGUAUGUGAAGGGCUGCCACGGUGAGACGGACGUGCCAGACACUGUGCCCGAGUUCAUCUCGCAGAGACGUCGUUGGCUGAACGGUGCCUUCUUCGCUGCCGUCUACUCCCUCGUCCACUUCAAGCAGAUCUGGUCCACCGACCACACCUUCGCCCGCAAGGUUCUCCUCCACAUCGAAUUCGUCUACCAGUUCCUGCAGCUCAUGUUCACCUACUUCUCCCUGGCAAACUUCUACCUCACCUUCUACUUCGUCGCGGGCGGUCUGGCCGACCCGACAGUAGACCCCUUCGGUCACAACAUUGGUCUCUACAUCUUCACCUUCCUCCGGUACACCUGCGUGCUGCUCAUCUGCGCACAAUUCAUCCUCUCACUCGGCAACCGUCCGCAAGGCGCCAAGAAACUGUACAUGUUCAGCAUGAUCGCCUACAGCAUCAUCAUGAUUUACACGACCUUUGCCACAAUCUUCAUCGUCGUCCGGCAGUUCAAGGAGAAAGACAACCCAAACAUCCACCUAGGCCAGAACGUCUUCACGAACCUCAUCGUCUCGACCCUAUCCACCGUCGGCCUCUACUUCAUCAUGUCCUUCCUCUACCUCGACCCCUGGCACAUGUUCACCUCGGCGGGCCAGUACUUCAUGCUCCUGCCCGCCUACAUCUGCACCCUCCAGGUCUACGCCUUCUGCAACACCCACGACGUCACCUGGGGCACCAAGGGCGACAACGUCAUGAAGACGGACCUCGGCGGCGCCGUCGGCAAGGGCAACAGCGUCGAGCUCGAGAUGCCCUCGGAGCAGCUCGACAUCGACUCCGGCUACGACGAGGCGCUGCGCAACCUCCGCGACCGCGUCGAGGUCCCCGCCAAGUCCCUCUCCGAGGCCCAGAUGCAGGAGGACUACUACAAGAGCGUGCGCACGUACAUGGUGCUCUCGUGGCUCAUCGCCAACGCCAUCCUCGCCAUGGCCGUCUCCGAGGCCUACAGCGAGCGCGGCAUCGGCGACAACUUCUACUUGGCCUUCAUCCUGUGGGCCGUCGCCGUGCUCGCCGUCUUCCGCGCGCUCGGCAGCGGCACGUACGCCGUGCUCAACCUCGUCAGCAUCAUCGUGCACAGCGAGGGCCGGCUGAGUCUCAAGAUGCCCAAGUGGAUGGGCGGCUUCGGCGAGAAGGUCAGCGAGAAGAUGAGCAGCCUGUCGAGCAGCGUCGGGGGCAGCAGCGUGGGCGGGAGCAGGCUGAGCGGGACGAGGUUGAGCGGGACCAGCCGCUUUACGAACCCGUUCCGUCGCUGA